GGGCCGUUUCCGGCCACCUCAGCGGGAAGCGGAGACGCCGGCGGCUGGUCGGGAGCCGAGGCGGCUGCGUAACUGUUGUCGCGGCGAGGACGCGCAGCCGACGCCGCGGGGGCCGCGGGGAGCCGAGGAGAUGGUGUUGCUCACGAUGAUCGCCCGCGUGGCGGACGGGCUCCCGCUCGCCGCGUCCAUGCAGGAGGACGAGCAGUCUGGCCGGGACCUUCAACAAUACCAGAGUCAGGCUAAGCAACUCUUUCGAAAGUUAAACGAGCAGUCCCCUAAUAGAUGUACCUUGGAAGCUGGUGCCAUGACUUUUCACUACAUUAUUGAGCAGGGGGUGUGUUACUUGGUUUUGUGUGAAGCUGCCUUCCCGAAAAAGCUGGCUUUCGCCUACCUAGAAGAUCUGCACUCAGAGUUCGACGAGCAGCACGGGAAGAAGGUGCCCACUGUCUCCAGACCGUAUUCCUUCAUCGAGUUUGAUACCUACAUUCAGAAAACCAAGAAGCUCUACAUUGAUAGUCGUGCUCGAAGAAAUCUAGGCUCUAUCAACACUGAAUUACAAGAUGUUCAGAGGAUCAUGGUGGCCAACAUUGAGGAAGUGUUGCAGCGGGGAGAAGCACUCUCAGCAUUGGAUUCGAAGGCUAACAAUUUGUCUAGUCUGUCCAAGAAAUACCGCCAGGAUGCGAAGUACUUGAACAUGCGUUCCACUUACGCCAAACUUGCAGCAGUAGCUGUAUUUUUCAUCAUGCUAAUAGUGUAUGUGCGAUUCUGGUGGCUGUGAAGUAGUGAGUCAGUCACUGGCAAGGGAGAACCUAGAGUCCGGCGGGUGGAUGUUUUCAGGAAGCUGAGCUCACAGAGAUGUGUAUUAGAAUCCAAGUGGAACUUCUGCCUCUAGAGACCUUCCAGGAAAAGAUGUCCUGAAAAUGAAAGCUACACCUCAUUUGACAAAGCUUAACCCUGUGUAGAAAGUUUCUUUUGGGGGCAGAGGCUUUCUCUGGGUGCUAAGCCAUAUAUACUAGGGAACAGUAGAUUGUUUCCAUUUUGUUUUUUUUCCCUCCCAGUUUUUACAUUUUACACCGGUUGGGGUAUCCUUACUCUCUGAUGGAGCCAUCAGUGAGAUUUGUCUUAAAUUAUCUGUGCUAGCAACAGUCAGAGAUUUCUGUGGAGAAGGAAAGGUUUCAGACUCUUUAAUCAACAUUCCUUUUGUUAGCAACAUGAUUUCAGUAAUCUGAGAGGUUGAUGGCCCUUUUAAGAAGACUCCAGUGUGUGAAGGUUAAUCACUGUGCUACAAUGGUCUUGUCUGUUGGCCCCUGUAAAAAGUUCUCCUUCACUGUUUUUCGUUUUUUAAGAUUUUGCUUAUUGCACAAUUGCUUUAGGGUUAAGUGGAUUAUAUUAAGAUGCCUUGAAAUUAUAGCACUCUUUGAUUAAGAAACUGAAAUGUUUCCUGUCAUUUACUCCCUUAAAGAUUUAAAUUAGUCUGAGUUAUUCUUAAAACACUUGGAUUAUAAAUAUGAAUGAAUAUAGCGAACAGAGUCCCAGAAGCACCUGAAUGAAUAAGAAAAAACCCAGCUCAUAGUGACAGUUCUGUCUUGUCCAUUCUCUUUGUCCAUUCUCUUUUCUCCUGCUAACAAUUUAGUAACAUUUAAAAAAAAAAUCCCUCCUUUUGCAGUAGUUUUAUAUCUCAUAAGCCUCUUUGUAGGAUUAUUAUCAAAUUUCAAGAUGAAAGAUGUUUUAGUGUAUAAACAUUUUUUGCAAAGUAGCUACUUAGACUGCAACAUGCAUUUAUCCAGGAAGGCCUCUGAGAGCAGCUCAUAAUUUACUUCAGUUUACAUACAUUCUGUAAAAAUAUUCUAGAGGUAGAUAACUCAUAUACAGUAGCUUCUAUUAGCAAAAGUUCCUAUGAUUUUUUUCCCCUUCUUUGCUCAGGGAUGAUGGGCAUUUCCUUUUACUUUUUGAGGUAGAAUUUUUUUAAAGGGGAGAACAGGCCUUUUGUUGUCAGAAGGGCCUAAAUUAUAAUCUGUAGCACCUGUACAGACUGCAGACAGGUUCUUUAAGUAGUAUAGGACAAUGAGCCAACCUCUCACUUGAGUCUUUGAUGAAAACUUUAACCAGUCAACUGUUUUAUAACUCUGAGGGAUCAUUUAAGAUUCCUGAUUGGGGUUUGGGGUGGAGAAAUCAGGGUUCCUUAUUAACAGAGCAAGGAGAAAUGCUUAUUUUAUUCUCAAUAAUUCACAUAACUAGAAUUUAAAGCUUUUUCUUUCCAUUUUGGAUGGAUCUGCCAAUUGGAGUUUUGCACUUGAAAUGCAAAAGUUACUAUUUGUUCUUUGGGCCACUGAUUCUACUUUCAGGAAUUACUCCUGGGGAGAGUUGGGGGGGUGGAGCGGGGGAGGGUGGCUUGGGGAACCAGUUGGUAUGCUGGGAUCCAGCUCUGGUCAGCAGCGGGUGAGGUAAAUGCCCCACCUGCUGUAGUAUUGCUCUGGCCUCUAAAGUUACUUUUUAAAGAUAGGUAAUAAUCAAGAUCCUAUAAGGCGUUUUCCUAAGUAAUGAAGUUGACUAAAGCCUUUGAAAGGCUGAGUGCCCACGUAUUGCAGCAUUCAGUUCAUGUCAGGGGCGGAGAGUACGGCUCUUGUUUAGAGUUGCGUGCUGCAGCCAGAUGUUCAACAAUGAGAAAAAUACUUCUAGGAUGUUCCCCUUCAGUGUGAUGUUCUGAUACCUAGUUAAUUCCUGAACAUACAGCCUUUCUAGGCUUAACUCAGCGGCUUAACUGAAAAACAAGCAUGGGGGAUGAGGCAUAAAGAACGACUUUAAGGUCAUGGUAAAAAAGAUAGAACAAGACUCAGAAUAUGGCUCCCACUUCUGUUCUUUAUUGAGGUAGAAGGCAGAUCUGGUUCCUCUCAUGAGAGAUUUCCAAAAUAGAACAUGAUAACUAUCAGAGGGUUACUGGGGGGCACAUGAAGAAUGGACACCUAAUUUCCUUGGGAAGAGCGCUAAGAGAAGAAAGGGUAUUCUAGACAGAAUGUGCAUGCAAAGAGGGAAGCACAUUUGGAGGGUUUUAAUUAGUUUGGUUCGGCACAACCCAGACCUAAGGACAAAGUAGACUAUUCUAAGGGGGACUACCUGCUAGAAUAAGGGGUUUUCCACACUGAUGUCUGUGGCAGAAGAUGCCAUCAGAUAUAUAGUCUCAGAUGAUUGCUUUGACUUCACUGAAGAUUGUAGAGGACAAAGCGUGGAACUAAGGACAUGAGUCUAAGGAGCUGUUCAAGUUAGAAUGAGAUGUAGGAAACAUGGUUUUCAAGACAAGAAUGAUCAGGACCUGGAGGAAAAGCUUGCUGGUUUAGACCUGCCUUGCAAGCAUAAAGUCACAAGUUCAGACCCUGAUGCCUCCACAUGCACUGAAAAUAAUCCUGGUGGCACUGCUGUUAGAACUGAGUAACUGUGGUCUGUGAUUCUCAGUGAUACAAGUGAUUCUUUGUGUGUGAGCACGACAACAAAGGGGUGUGACCCCCCCCCUGCCGUAGGCACUAACUAAAAGGAGAUGUGAGUAAUAGGGCCAGUUGGUGCAAGCUUGGGUGAGCACAUGUGUGACCACUACAGUGACCUCCGGCAAGCGCUACAAUCAACAUGUGGGAAGACCACAAUGAGAGUCACCUCAGGAGAGCACAUGUGUAGGCAACACUGUGCUACACUGCUAAGGGACUUCAGCCUUCUUCGAGCACUGUGACCUGGUGUGAGGCCACCAGCGAGCACCACAGUGAGGCGGCUGUGUGGCCCCGCUCAUCACAAGGGCCAGGAGGGAGGGGCUGGGAAGUGAUUGAGAUAAACAAUAAAAGAAGUUAUCCCUGGUACCAGA